CUAAGAAACCGUAAUCGAAUCCUACACAUUUUUGCUGUUAUUGACUACUGCAGGUAUUUUAAGUGAACAAAAAAGAAUAAUCAUCGUCAAAUUAUCAGAGAGUAAAAUCUACAAACAAAACAAGUGGUUAUACCUACCUAUACAUCCGAAAAGUUAUCUGAUAAAAUGUUAUUACGUAAGCAGCGAAGGUCAUUUAUUAUUGUUAGUACACAUAUGUACCUAAAACAAUGUGAUACGACAAGCUACUAGAAAUAAUAAAUAUGGAAAUAAGAAACUUAAAGCAAGCCGAAGAACUGCUUAUAGGAACAACACAAAAUGAAGCCAUCAUAGAUCACAUAAAUGAAGAAAUAGGCUCAUGGAAUUUACCUAACCAUGACGAUUAUCCAGAUCUGGUAUCAAAAAUAACUGACCUGUUUUACAAAUUGUACGUAAAAGUAUCUCCAGAUCAAAACAAUCACAGCAAGUUUGAAGCUUUACAAUGGAUUCUUUUUGACAAGAUCCAUGAUUUAGUCGUGCCAUGCAUCAAAGCGAAGUUUUUUCGAGAAGAUGAAAGUUUUUUUGAUCGGUGUUCAUUUUUGUGUAAAACUAAUGUCUCAGCAAAGGAAUUUGGCGCUGAUGAUAAUUAUAGCAUCCCGUUAUGUGCUGCUGUUGUCGAGUUAUCGGUUAUCGACAAGUACAAAAGUCCUAACGAAAAAAUGAAUUGUUUAUGCAGCACUUACGAUUUAGUAUUUGCGGAAAUAAAGACAGCAAUGGUUUCAGUAAUUUCAGAAAAGUCUGAUAAGGAAAUAGAAAUUCCUAUAAUUGACAACAAGGACAUAAUGCCAGUCCUUAUGGCAGUAAUUUUUAGGUCGAAAUUGCCUUACAUGUUAAGUAAUUUAUUUUAUAUUAAAUUUUUUUGCUUCAAGAUAGAAGAAAAUCGAGAAAUUUUUGAUAUUUUUAAAGCGUUUGAGUCUGCUGUUGAUAAAUUAAUUGAGUUGGAUAUUGAUACCAUGGAACCUAUGAAGGGACUUUUCCAAAGAAGUUUAGAUUUGGAAGAAUAUAUAAAAAUUACAUCUAAUUCUAAAGAAGAAAAAGUAAAAAAGUCAACUUUAAUCGAUAAAGCAAAUCAACGUGUUUUAAAUUUAAUAACACGAUCCACAAGCGAAGAUCAACUGUUUUAAUAAAAUAUAACAAACGCGAUAUUAUUGUUUAAUUGUGAUGCUAGAUUAGAUGUAAAUACAAAAAAAUAAAAAUAUACGUACAAUUUUUACUAUAUCUUUUUAAUAGAAAAUUAGAAAAAAAAUAACAGGCAGUU